AUGGUCAACAUUAGUAGUAGUUCAAUUUCACAGUAUCUAUCACGCAAUCUCAGUCAAGACACUACUUUCUCUACUGCUUCCUCGCCAACAACAACAACAACAACAACAGAUAAUUUAAAAAGAAACAGAUCAAAUCGUAUAAAAACAGACGAGUCUCAAAAAAAAACCAAUAGUCGAAUUGAAGCAAUCAGGAGAGCCUUUACGACAAGCAGACCAAAAGGCUUGAAAUCAGUGAACUAUGGUGUUUCUUCUCCAGCGUCAACAAUUUCACUCCUGCAAAAUUAUAACCGUCAUGAUCAAACGAGAUCAGUUAGUGUCUAUAGUCAAGCAACACCUCUAUACAUAUCACCACCUGACAUUGAGCAACUGCAUGAGUAUACUACUCUACCAUUAUCGCCACCAUCGACUACAGCGAUCCUUGCUAAUACUGCUGCUGCUAUUAAUUAUCUUCCAGAGCUAUCAGAACAACAAGAUACAAUUGUUAGACAAAUGGCAAUACUUUAUAUCGAUUCAAAGGUGGAUAAUGACUGUAUUGAUCUAAAUAGCUUGCUAGCUUUCUCUUCAUCAGCUUCAACUCUAUGGGAAAGACUAAAAUCUCAUAUAUUAACACCCAGUAACAGCGAUUAUCAUCAAGCAGUACCUACUGUCACUAACAAUAACAAUGGAGAUAACAGAAUAAUUGGUGUUUCAUUAUCUAAUCUUACACAGCACCAUAAUAAUGGAAGCACUACGAGUAUAUCAUUCGAAAAAUGGGUAUCAAUAUGCCCUUCAGUAGCAGCAUGCUUUUCACAAAACUCACUUAUACCCAAUUUCUUAAAAGAUUGCAUAUUAGCCAUGAUUGAACAAGACAUUACAACAGAAGGGAUAUUUAGGAAAAAUGGUAAUAUUCGUGGCUUGAAGGAAAUGUGUGAACAACUCGAUUUGGAACCUUUACGAGAAGAUUGGUCUCAUUUCUUCAUGAACCAACCCAUUAUUCAAUCUGCAGCCUUUAUAAAACGAUUUUUACGCGAAUUACCAGAACCUUUACUCACUUACAAAUUACACAAAUUGUUUCUUCUCUCUUACAAAAUUGCUACUGAUGAUGCUUGCGACAAUAACGAUGAUGCUACACCUGUUACACUGAUCCAUUAUGCCAUAUGUUUAUUACCAAAGGCCAAUAGAGAUAUUUUAUUAGCCACCCUAGCGUUAUUAAAAUGGGUAGCAAGACAUUCAGACAAAAACAAGAUGACAGUGCAAAAUCUAGCAAGAGUCAUGGCACCGAAUAUUUUGUAUAAUAUCCAACACAACAACAUCAAGGUUCCUCCCAAUAUCACACGACUUCUUGAACAUCCUAAAAUGUCUGAAGUAAUCUUUGCCCAUUCUAUCGAUUUGACUUCUUCCAAGCAUUUUAUCAGAUCCUUUGGUCAUUUAUUAAAAGUUAAGAAAGAAGUACAACAAAGCAAGCAUUGCUCCGCAUCUACAGCUUCAUACUUGCCACCUUCACCUUCUAUUCGUGCUAAAUACCACUCUUAA